GGCAUUUGUUACAGGCUCCUUAGUUAUUCUUUGGGUCCUUUACAGCGGUUUUUGUAGUCCUGUGCAGUCUGGUCGAUCAUUCAACGGGGAAGCAGUGGUGGCAAAGAAGCAACCCAAUUUAAGUCUAGAACAUAAUGGCCUCCAUGUUGCUGAAUACAAUGCGAACUGGCGCCGUCAACCCCUCCUGGGCGAUGCGCUCUGUUGCACGCUCUCUCAGUACAACAACACAGCUCCAGGUUCAAGUUCAAACUAAGAGCAAAAAGACACUGGCUCGACCUGGGGUGAAGAACAUCGUUCUGGUAGAAGGAGUUCGAACUCCUUUCCUGUUGUCUGGAACCACGUAUGGUGAUUUAAUGCCCCAUGACCUGGCCAGAGCAGCUCUUCAGGGUCUGCUAAACAGGACAGGUAUCCCCAAAGAUGCUGUAGAUUACCUCAUCUAUGGUACAGUCAUUCAGGAAGUCAAAACCAGCAAUGUGGCCCGAGAGGCAGCAUUGGGGGCAGGCUUCUCUGACAAGAUUCCAGCUCACACCGUCACCAUGGCCUGCAUCUCCUCCAACCAGGCCAUGACCUCAGCUGUUGGACUGAUUGCUGCAGGCCAGUGUGACGCCGUUGUAGCCGGUGGGGUGGAAUUCAUGUCCGACGUUCCGAUCCGUCACAGCCGAAAGAUGAGGAAGACUAUGCUGUCCCUCAACAAGGCAAAAACUGUCGGUCAAAGGCUAAGUCUCCUUGGCAGCAUCCGGCUAGCACACCUGUCCCCAGAGCUUCCUGCUGUUGCCGAGUUCUCGACAGCAGAAACUAUGGGUCACAGUGCGGAUCGUCUGGCUGCUGCGUUUGGGGUCUCCAGACUGGAGCAGGACGAGUUUGCUCUGCGGUCGCACACGCUGGCUAAAAAAGCUCAGGAUAAUGGGCUGCUGGAGGAUGUUAUUUCCUUUAAAGUACCAGGUCGGGACAUUGUAUCAAAGGACAACGGCAUUCGUCCAUCAUCCAUGGAGCAGAUGGCCAAACUAAAACCUGCCUUCAUCAAGCCUCAUGGCACUGUCACUGCUGCCAACUCCUCGUUCCUGACUGAUGGUGCCUCUGCUGUUCUCAUCAUGUCUGAGGAGAAAGCUUUGGCCAUGGGCUUCAAGCCUAAAGCAUAUCUCAGAGAUUUUGUCUAUGUGUCCCAGGACCCCAAAGAUCAGCUGCUAUUGGGGCCAACUUACGCUACACCUACAGUCCUGCAACGGGCCGGCCUGUCAUUGUCUGACAUUGAUGUAUUUGAGUUUCAUGAAGCAUUCGCUGGUCAGAUAAUGGCAAAUCUGAAGGCGAUGGAUUCAGAUUGGUUUGCCCAGACGUACAUGGGCAGGAAAUCAAAGGUUGGGACUCCUCCUUUGGAUAAGUUCAACCUGUGGGGAGGAUCUCUAUCUUUGGGCCACCCAUUCGGUGCUACAGGCUGCAGGCUGGUGACCACCGUGGCUCAUCGGCUGAAGAAGGAAGGUGGACAGUACGGUCUGGUGGCAGCCUGUGCUGCAGGAGGACAGGGUCAUGCCAUGGUGAUUGAGGCCUACCCUCAGUAAUGCAUGCUCCUUAAUUAGAUCUUGAUCUUCAUCGUGUCUGCUGCCAACAUACUAGCUAACAUGAUCAAUUGAGUGUCUGUAAAAGCACCACUUUGCCUUGAUCGAACAGGUUGGAUAAAGGAUGUGAAUGUGUUUGAUGGCUCUUGUGUAAAUUAAAUUUAGCUUGGAGGCUGUUAAAUUAUAGCAGAAUGCUAAUGAGGAAUGUUUACUUUGUUUUCUGGACUUCUAGUCAGCAUUUUCUCUGAGUCUGAUGUAACAUAGCAAAAUUUAACUCAGCUCAUAGGAGCCAUGGUGAUCCUAAUGUUUAUAUAUGCUGUAAUAUUUUUUUCAUACAAACUGUUGGAAGUAAAUGGUGUUAUACUCA